AUGGCCAUGGCAAGCGCACCAGAGAUCGACGAGGCGCUUAUUGUGACCCCCCAUAUGCCCAAGCCAGAGAAGUCACCUGGAACUACCAAGAGAAAGGUCACCCCAUCAUCAGAGUUGUCGUCCCAGAGCAAAAGUUUCAUUUUAUCUCCUUAUGGGACUUUCUCUUCAGAGAGAACGGUCCUCCGUCUGGGUGACUCACCCCUCUUCGAACUAUCGAUGCGUCUUUUCCCAUCAGGCGAAGCUGUGAUCAACAAGAGGACUCCUCCUAAGACGACGCAUACCCACCCUGGGUCGCCAGAGUCGUCGUUACCGGGGAUCCAAAUUCCCCAUCUCGUCAUCUCGUUCUUCUAUUCAAUCUCCGGCAGAAUCGGGUCUUCACCGAGAAUUCUGAGUUAUUGUACCGCCUCUUUCCGGACACAAAAGCGGUGUGGUUUGAUGGCUAUUUCUUGGUGUUUUGGCUCGGGACCUUGCCGCCGAAAGCCCUGGCCGAUUACUAUUGCCGGUGUCCAGCCUUAUUUCACGAUCGAUCCGAAUGAUGAAGGUCCAUUUCCGCCAAUCAAACGCUCGAGUAAAUCGCCCCUUAGUGUGUCCGCUGAAAUCAACGCUACCAACCUCCCACCCGCUAAAUUGACGAUGCAUUCGAGCUGUGUCUUUGACUUUUUCGCUAAAUCUGAAAUUUCGAUUACGGAGGUUCAGUACUGGAACAAUUUCUUCAUCAUUGUUCUAGAGAAUGAGGACACCGAUCUCGCUGAAGUUCCUUGUGCCAUAGGUCGCUGUAACUGUUUCUAUCUGUUCGAGAAGGAGAUGGGACGUCCAAAAUUCAACAAAUUCCGGGCCUGCCGGAUCCGUAAUUUGACUGGCGAUGCCGUCGAUAACAGCGAGUAUGAUAUAUUGCGUCCUGGUUUUACGGAAACACGUGUGGGCGGCGAUUGCUAG